AUGGCCGCCGGCGAGGACUACGCCGUAGAGGAGACGGCGAGCAAUGGCAAAGCGGAGGCUCUCUCCUCCUUCCUCUCUUCCAUCCACCCAUCCUCCAUCCCCUCCUUCUCCUGCCUCUCUUCCUGGAACUUCUCCUCCGACCCUUGUCAUCCUUCCACCCCUUCCCACUUCCUCUGCGCACUCUCCUGCUCCUCCUCCUCCUCUUCCUCCUCCUUCUCCCACAUCAUCUCCAUCUCUCUUGACCCUGCCGGCUACUCCUCUUCCUCUUUCCCUCUUUCCCUUCUCUCCCUUCCCUCCCUCUCCUUCCUCUCCCUCUCUUCCAACUCCUUUCAAGGUCCCCUCCCUUCUUCUCUCCCAUCCCUUCCUUCUCUUUCCACUCUUGACCUUUCCCACAACUCCUUCUCAGGUCCUAUCCCUUCCUCCUUCUUCUCCUCCUUUUCCUCUUUAUCAACUCUUGACCUUUCUCACAACUCCUUUUCCGGCUCCAUUCCUCCAUCUCUUUCCUCCCUCUCUUUUCUCUCCACUCUUGACCUCAGUUUCAACCACUUCUCCGGUCCUCUCCCUCCUUCUCUUCCUCCCAACCUCAUCACACUCGCUGUCAAAUCUAACUCCUUAUCCGGCUCCAUCACAACCUCCACUUUCCACCCUCUUUCCAAGCUUCAGGUCGCCGAGCUCAGCUCUAACAACUUCAAUGGCGUUCUUGGAGGAUGGUUUCUCUUUCUCCCUUCAUUACAGCAAGUCAACUUAUCUAACAACAGCUUCACUGCACUGAACUUUCAGGGUGGCAGCGCCGUUGCCGGCGGGCAAGGGUUGGUGGCGUUGGACUUGAGUUAUAAUAAGCUCUCAGGUGAGUUGCCGGUGGGGUUGGCAGGGUUUCCGGCGAUGGCGGCGAUGUCGGUGAGGUAUAACAAGUUGAGAGGUGGGAUUCCCAGAGAGUAUUAUGAGAAGAAGAAGGGAGUGCCGUUCAAGAGGUUGUUCUUGGAUGGUAACUACUUGAAUGGGAGGGUGCCGGAGGGUUUCCUCGCCGGCGCCGGCGAGGAGUUGACGGGGAGCUUUGGAGAUAAUUGUUUGGAGAGUUGUCCGAAGACUGUGGGGCUUUGCUCGCCGGAGCAGAAGCCUAAGUGGGUUUGUAAGCAGGUUUAUGGGUCCGGGAAGGGAGGGAGAUAA